AAGAGAGAAACAAAAUACAUCCCAAUUGCAGAGAAACCGUGUUGAAGUUGGUCUCUGAGCUGCUUCUUCCUUCCUUUUAUUUUUAUAUUUCCAGCUCUUUAUUUCCCAUAUAUAAAAAACUUUCCCAAGAAUAAAAACCAAAGAAUCCGUAUAAAUUAUCCUAACAGUUUCUUCCACCAUCCAACAAAUUUCAGAUUUUUUUUUGUUUUAUACUCGAGUCUUCUUAACCAUCAACAACAACUAAAAUCCUUGGAUUAUGGCGUCAAGUCAGUGGACGAGGUCGGAGGAUAAGAUGUUUGAGCAAGCUUUGGUUCUUUUUCCUGAAGGAUCUCCUAAUCGGUGGGAGAGAAUCGCUGAUCAGCUUCAUAAAUCUGCUGGUGAAGUUAGGGAGCAUUACGAGGCCUUGGUUCAUGAUGUUUUCGAGAUUGAUUCUGGUCGAGUUGAUGUCCCCGAUUACAUGGAUGACUCGGCGGCGGGUUGGGACUCGGCUGGUCAGAUCUCGUUUGGGUCUAAACAUGGUGAGAGUGAACGCAAAAGAGGAACUCCUUGGACAGAGAACGAACACAAAUUGUUUCUGAUUGGGUUGAAGAGAUAUGGUAAGGGAGAUUGGAGGAGUAUCUCGAGGAACGUGGUUGUGACGAGGACGCCGACGCAGGUCGCUAGUCACGCACAGAAGUAUUUUCUGAGACAGAACUCGGUGAAGAAGGAGAGGAAAAGGUCGAGCAUCCAUGAUAUCACUACGGUUGAUACUACUUUAGCUAUGCCUGGGUCUACCAUGGACUGGACUGGACAGCAUGAGAGUCCUGUUCAGGCACAACCGCAGCAACAGAUUCUGUCUGAGUUUGGUCAGCAAUUGACUACUCCUGGUCAUUUUGAGGAUUUCGGGUUUCGGAUGUGAAGAAAUGGAAGAAAUAUUGGGAUGGUUUUAGUUUAAUAGGGGUUUUACUCAUUUUAUGUGAAUACGAAAAAAAUAGGAUUGGGUAUUUUCUUAUACAGAUGAUGAUGGUGAUGAAAGAAUAAAAAUAAUGUAUAGGAAAGCUUUUUGUAAACACAAAUAUGUUUGGUAACCAUUUUGGUAUUUUGAAUCAAUGCAUAUGGAGGGUUUUUUUCGAUUA